GUCCCGGUGCGUCACGUGACCAAUCCACCUGUACCUAACCUGUUUACGCGAGCGGCUCUUCAAACUCAUCGCUGAAGGAUAUUGACAAAUCUUGCCUUUUUACUCCCCGUGUUGUCCUUCCUAAAUUUGCUGUAUUUGAUCUUUUUUAUUCUUCUUGAAGUUUAACGCGUUUUUACUUUAGUUUUGCGUGCUUUUAGUGACUUUUUAUCACGUCUUUUGUGGACUUCGCUCUCUCUACACAGAUAACUAUCAAACAAGGAAGUGUGUCUCUGAUGCGCUUACAUGGCGGCGUCUUUGGGGUGUUUGUAAAUGGCUUUGGAUGCUUGCGUUUUUCUUUUGGAUGUUGAUCCUCUAAAGUUGGCUUAUACACGGGUUGUUUGUGAAGACUUCCUCGUUAACUGGAUAAAGCCGAUUCCUCCCCCCUCCCUCUCCUCCUCCUAUUCCCUUCUCUACAAGCAAGAUGAAUAGUUCUAUUGAAGCAGUGGAUCUUACAGGUGGAAACGAUUCAUUUGUUCACCUGGAUGCACCAAUUAUCCCUGACACCUCCUCAGGCAAGUCCAAUGCGACUAUUAUCCAAACGCCAAAUGGGACACUCAUUGAGCAGGACCAGAUGUUCCUGAACACAGUGACAGCACAGGCGCUCUCCGGGCUGUUCGUCUGUGCUGCCCUGCUCAUUACAUGCCAUCAGAUCUACACACAUCUUCGAUCGUACACUGUCCCUAACGAGCAGCGCUACAUCAUCCGUAUCCUGCUUAUUGUGCCAAUCUACGCCUUCGACUCCUGGCUCAGCCUCCUCUUCAUCAGCAACGACCAGUACUAUGUCUACUUUGACUCUGUGCGGGACUGCUAUGAAGCUUUUGUCAUUUACAAUUUCCUGAGCCUGUCCUUUGAGUAUCUGGGAGGAGAGAGUGCGAUCAUGUCGGAGAUACGAGGGAAGCCCAUACAGUCCAGUUGGAUGUAUGGUACAUGCUGUCUUAGUGGAAUGAGUUAUUCCAUUGGCUUUUUACGAUUCUGCAAACAGGCCACACUCCAAUUCUGUGUCGUCAAACCCAUCAUGGCUGUCAUCACCAUCGUCCUGCAGGCCUUUGGCAAAUACCACGACGGAGAUUUUAAUGUUAAUGGAGGAUACCUGUACAUCACAAUAAUCUACAACUUGUCCGUGAGCCUGGCCCUGUACGCGCUCUUCCUCUUCUUCUUUGCCACGAGUGACCUGCUGCGGCCGUACGAACCAGUGCUCAAGUUUCUCACCAUCAAAUCAGUCAUUUUCCUCUCAUUCUGGCAAGGUAUGGUCCUGGCCAUCUUGGAGCGCUGUGAUGUUAUCCCUAAUGCCCUGAAAAUCGACGGGCACGGGGUAGGGGCGGGGACAGUGGCCGCGGGCUGGCAGAACUUUAUCAUCUGCAUCGAAAUGUUCUUUGCCGCCAUCGCCCUGCGGUACGCCUUUACAUGCACCGUCUACCAGGAGAAGAAGAACAACGUGCAAGAUAACAGCAUUCCUCCUAUGCAGAGUAUCUCCAGCGGGCUAAAGGAGACCAUAAACCCCGGAGACAUGGUCCAGGACGCCAUCCAUAACUUCUCCCCGGCCUACCAGCAGUACACGCAGCAGUCCAUGCAGGAAGUGGUCCCGCCCAGCAACACCAACGGGAAGGCGACCGCGGGCAACAAGAACCCCCGCAAGUCCGACAAAAUCAUGCUCAUCACCUCCGACGAUGAGUUCUAGGCGUCUCUCCAACUGUUUUUUUUUCAUUUUUUGGACCCUGGGGGAAAUGGCUCAGUAGCACACCGCAGCCAGAUGAAUGUGUUUUAUGAUACUAUAACGGGAAAAAACAAAACACCUAUUGCAUUAUUUUUACGAAAUGUGCAACUAUGAAAGAGGAAACCUGGAGUGGUUGCAAAUCGACACAAUUUGUAUAUUAAUUUGUUUUGUGUUUUCGUAUCAGAUGCCCUAACUGACGCAACCCAUUUUGAUUGAAGGCUGGGAAAAAAAAUACAUUGUCCCCUCACUAAAAAACAGCUUGUUGUACUAUUUAUUAAGAAUUACGUUGCUUUUCAAUCGAUUGUGAAUUAGCUACUACAAACCAGUCCAAUUUGCAUAUUAAUUUGGCAGUCACUUUAUGUCAGAUGCCCUAACUGAUCCAACCCAUUUUAAUAGACGGCUGGGAACAAAAUUGACCCCUCAGGAAACCACUGCUUGUUGUUUUAUUUGUUUAAAAAAGUGCCCCUUGAAUAGAAUUGAGAUAAACCAGUCCAAUUUGCUUAUUGAUUUGGCUGUCAUUUUAUAUCAGAUGCCCUAACUGAUGCAACCCAUUUUAAUCGAUGACUGCGAAAAAAUUAAGCCCUCACCAAAAGACAGCUUGUUUUAUUUGUUUUAAAAAAAAGGGCACCUUGAAAACAAUCGUGAUGAGCCAGUCCAAUUUGCAUAUUAACUUGGCAGUUAUUUUAUGUCAUAAAUUUAUCUAUAGCUGGGAAGAUUUCCAGGUACCUCGCGUCUAAAAUGCAAAUGUUGUUGAACCCAAGGGAAACAAUUAUAUAUACAGUAGUGGUUGAGUUGUAUUGUCCUAUUUAAGGCUUAUUUUAUUCUGUGUAUAAAUUAUAAAUCAUAGUGAACUGGAUUACAAUCUACAAAUAAUCUGCCUCCUUUUAUCCUCUCUGCAUAUUAAUCUGGCAUACAUUUGUACCAGGGACGCUCUUUCGAAUGCACCUCUACAAUAAGAUGUUUGUUGUUGAACUCCAGGGGAAUGACCAUUUAGCAUAUCCAGACGAGUGCUGCUUGAGUUGUAUGAUCCUUCUGUAUUGUUUCACUGUGUUAUCUGUAUGGAAUGGCCACGAACAGAUUGAAACACGAUACCAUUCCCAUACACAGCCAUUUGCCUCGAUGAGUUUUGUUUUCGCGUUAUAGUCCAUGGGCUAAAUUUCGUUAUCGCUACGGUGGCAAAAGCUAUCAGUGAUGUACUUUGUCGCUCACUGUCAGGUUCUGCUUUGAAACAGUAAAGACAUGGUAUAUAUUUUUGAUUCCUCAGAUGCCAGAGAGUAAUUUAAUAUCACGAAUUUGUGUCUGUCAUGUUUCUAGAGGUUUUAGGGAUAAAAGUAGUAGGACAAAAAGUUGUAGGAGUGAAGAUGUUUCGCUGCUUCUUCAGUUUUGGUCAGAUUACUGGUCGACACUGCUUUAUAUCUAUCUGAAGGGAGGAGCUAACUACACUGAAACGCACCUAUUGUUUACAGUGGCUUUUUGUAGGUUAUGGUUAUGGUUAAAUGAAAUACAAGACACAAGAGUCUAAAUCAUUAUCCCACAGGCAGCACGUGGUCUAAACCAACAUAUGGACCUGUGUUUAAAGUGCAUUUUUCGGUUUGUACACUUCAGAGGCUGAUAACUAUGAUAUCGCUGCAACUAUCAGAUAUAAAGCUUAGAUAUCGAACAUUUCAAAAAUCACUGAUAGCCCUUGUCACCUUGAGUGGUACCGAUAUGUCAAAUUUCGGGGUCUGGUCCAUGUACUAUAAGUUUGAUGUCACAUGGAUUAUUUGUGACAGCACUUUUUUCAAAUUUGGUUAUAUAAAGCACACAGGUUAAUGUUUAAAUAUAUUCUGUCUUUUUGACGUAGCUACAGCUGCUAAUGCCUGCUAAUGGGAUUUUACAUAUUGAUCACAUUUGUUUGUGAGAUGCUCAUCCAGAUCUUUGCUUUACCUGUCUGCUGAAACUGGGACAUUCACUUUAAAUGAAUAUACCUUUGAUGUCUUCUGUUGCAGUGUUUUUUCUGUCAUGUUUCUGUCUUGAUAACUACAGGUGUAAUUCAGUUUUAUUUGACAGGUUUUAGUAACUUGCAGUGUUUUGCAGCAGUUAGGCUUUUGGCAGUGUCUUUGUUCUUUUGAUAACUGCUCACAUCAUAAUCCACUUUUAGGGAUUGUAAAAUUGUACAGGAAUUGUCCUUUUCAUGUAUUUUCUUUUAAAAUUAUAAAUCCAGCUCUUGUCACUAGCUCAGGAAAAAAAUGACUACAGGCCGCGAGGUACAGUCGCAUACCAAUGUGUGGGAUUCAAAGUGGAAAGACAUUCUAUGCAGCACAUAUUUCAGUAUAAGUAUUUAUUAUUUAUAAUUGUAUAGUAAAAAAAUGUCUGUUCUGUCAUCUGAACAGAAUUUUUUUUUUUCUUUUGCUAUGGAUCUUAUCUGUACGACUGAGCGAUUACACUGACAGUUGUAAUUGUGGUCAUUGGGAUUCAUAGCUUCUCCAAAUAUGAAUUAUUUAUCAUUCGGCUUAAUAUCAGCAGUAGGAAAUGGCUUAUUCAGUAAUAAAGGCCAUUCAACUUUUAUAAUUGAAGUACAGAUCUGAUGUUACCUUUCCACAACAUGGUAAUAAGGUAUGUACCUGCAGAUUCUGGCUUAUAUUUAGAUGAUUUUAUUAAACUUAUAAUUUAAUAACACAGCACAUGUACAGCCGGUUAGUACUGUUGCUUUUGAAUGACUUUUGUAAAUGAUGUAACAUACUCAACCUCCUCUGUGCCAACGAUAGCUGCCUUCCUGAAAAGCAGAAAUGAAUGUAUAUUUGGGAACAAGGUUGUUUUAACUUGUCUCUUUCUCCUUGGCACUCAAUAAAUACAGUUGUUUGAUUAAAUGA